AUGCCACUUGACUUCAAUCAUCAGACAGAACUGAAGAACCGACGGCCUGAGCGACGAAACCGCGCGCCAUUUCAUCGCGACUGCAAGACCAGUGUAACCAUCAAGAUUACCGGCCGCGGCGGUUGCGCCAAGUACUGUGGUACAGCUCCAUCACCCGGCAACAUUUCAUUCUCCAGUUUCCGUCAGUCCUUCACCUCCAAUGUCAACUACCUGAAACGGAGGUUCUCAUCAGGGGACCUGAGCUCGGAGCUCGACGAUGAGCCCAACGCGGAUCCUGGGCUGGCCACCGUGGGCCGGCAGGACUCGUCCCAGCCGUAUCAAACGGUGCCGGACCGGCCUCUGCAGUCCCAACCGGGCCCGAUUCCACCGCCGUCCCAGCCGCCGAUCCCAGGUGCGCCACCUUCCGGACCGCCGCAACCGAUCGGCGGCGACCUCAGCCUUAACCUGAGGCCCGGCUCGAGAACCACCAGCGCGCCGUCCUCGCCGGCGAAGACCCGGGAGAGUUUGCUCCAGCGAGUGCAGAGCUUGACCGGCGCCGCCCGUGACCAGGGUGCUUCUAUUCUGGGAGCGGCGGUGUCUGGCGCGACCAGAGGCCCGUCAUACAGCAAAGACCGAUGCUUCACUCUGCUGGUGAUCGACGACCAGAACACCGACUGGAGCAAAUACUUCCGGGGACGUAGACUGCACAGCGAUUAUGAGAUCCGCGUCGAGCAGGCGGAAUUUCGAGAAUUGUCCCUGACAGCGAGCGAGGCGGGCACCGUUGUGUCCAUGGCAGUCUAUCGUAACGGGACCAAAGUCAUCCGAUCCUUCAAGCCUGAUUUCGUAUUAAUACGUCAAAACCUGCGGGAUGCCGGAGAAGAUUACAAGAAUCUUCUUCUCGGGCUGAUGUACGGCGGUGUGCCCAGCGUUAACAAUCUUACUGCGAUUUACAACUUCCAGGACAAACCUUGGGUAUUUGCGCACCUGCUGGGGCUGCAACGUCGUUUGGGUAAAGACAACUUCCCCCUCAUCGAGCAGAGUUAUUACCCCAAUCAUCGCGAAAUGGUAAGCGCAUCUCGAUAUCCCGUCGUGGUGAAACUGGGCCACGCCCACGGCGGUACCGGCAAGGCCCGUGCGGAAACAAAUCAAGAAUUUCUAGAUCUCGCCUCGCUGGCUGCUAUGGCUAACUCUUAUUGCACGGCGGAACCUUACGUCGACACCAAGUACGACGUGCACGUGCAGAAGAUCGGCAACAACUACAAGGCUUUCAUGCGAAAAAGCAUAAGCGGUAACUGGAAAUCGAACACCGGCUCGGCCAUGCUGGAACAGCUUUCCGUGAGCGAGAGACAUCGCACAUGGGUGGACCACGUGGCGCAAUUAUUCGGAGGGCUAGAUAUCUGUGCGAUCGAAUUGCUGGUGGGCAAGGAUGGCCGGGAGUACAUAAUCGAGGUCAACGACAGCGCGCUCUCCUUGAUGGGAGACUCGCAGGAAGAGGAUCGACGUCACAUCGCGGACCUGGUCACCGCGAAGAUGCAGGCUUACUGCCGACCUCCGAGCGUGCUGACGAAGACCGCCUCGCGGGGCUCGAUGUCGGGCUCCAGCCAGGUGACCAGUCCGGUGGAAGAUCGAGCUGCUCCUCCGCCUCCGGUACCCCUGGGAUCGCACGGAAGUAUCGGCUCCAUGACGAGCAUAGGGAGCCAUGGGAGCUUGGGUUCCAUGGGCUCCGCCGCCACCGUCGCCGCGAUCCCGGGAGACGUCACCACCUCGGACAGUCAUCAUCAGUUGCAGCGACGUGACUCCCAAGCAUCACAAUCGAGCACGGUGAGCUCUGUGAGCGCGCCUUCCGUCGGUCGGCGCCCUGAGGAACCGCCGACGCCCAGGGUGCCAUUCCACCGGCAAGGCAGUCAAUCACAGGCCCAGGGCGAGGACUCCGAGGACACGAUGAAGAACCUGCGAAAGACCUUCGCCGGUAUCUUUGGCGACAUGUAGGCCUCGGCAUAGGGCCGACUGGGCGAGAGCGGAUCCGGCGGGCGCUCUCGCAGCGAAGUGUCUAACGAAAGCAAGUCGGCAAAAAUGACACGACCUCACGACAUUCUUCGAAGAUCCCUGAGCAUGUUCCACGACUGAAAAAGCUUGAAAUCACUCUCACUCGAUGCGCCGAACGCGCGUAGGUAGGUUGACGCGGAGCAUGUAGAUAUCUAUAUAUUUGCAGAUUGUCAUAUAAGAAAAACUCGCGAGAAACCGCGCGCCGCGCGAAGUCCAAUUAACCCAUUGAAUUCGAUCGAGACUCGUGGAUUGUCCGUAAACCAGAGAGCUCCCCGUUCGCCGACUCGUCGAUUCGAUAUUCGACCUUGAUCGAGCCAAGAGUAGGAAACGUCUCGCAGGGAGAAACUCAAAGGCGAAGAAUCUCGCGUUCAACGGUUUAAUGAGCUGACGCGCUGUAGCGAGGUAGAGCGAGGGUAGGUUUCUGUAUAUUGAGAGAAUCCUGCUGGUAUGUGUGUGUGCGAGUGGAGUGUGUGUAUACAGUGGAGAGUAAGGUAGGUUCUAUGUAAUCCGUGUGUAUUGGCGAAUAAAACAACAAUUGCUAGGCAGGCUCAGUCGGAAGUGGCGAACUUAUUUAAUAUCAGCUUGAUGUCCGUUCACAACAAAUCGCGAGAGAGACGCGAUGUCCAUUGAAUUACUUGUACGUGAAAUACCGUCAGCGCGCGCACCUUCGCCGUUACGAACGUGUGCAACAGUCGCAUCCGUAGGCCCCUGGCAUCUCCUCAACCGGUUUUACUUCGAGCACCCACUUUUAGGCUUAACGUUUUGGAUCGUCGUGUGUCAUAUCGUCAUUUAAGGGAAAAGGCAUUGCGAGAUGGAAAUUAAGGCAGGCAAAUGGGCGUCUUUUGGCGAUCUCGCAAUGUAUUGUAAAAAUACUCAUACGCCUACGUCAUUCGAAUUGAUCGAAGACGACGAAAAAAAGAGGAGAUUCGGGCAUUAUUCUUGAACAUUUGGCUAACCGACACUGCAAACGGUCGUUUGGUUUUCAUCGAGGACUACAGGUCGGAAGUACGAGUGUGUAGUUGUCUCUACUUUUAAGCGCACAAGUAGUACUUAAGGUAAUCACCGGGGGAUGGGCGAUGUCUCUUGCCGUCGCGAUGAGGACAUCCGCGUCCGCGAGUUCUCGGCGUCUCCGUUAUCGGUGAAGGGGUUAUAGUGAGAUUAGUCGAUCCGAACCGAUUGAUUCGCGGUGUGAUACGCUGAGAGAAGUCUCCAUCCAUUUCUCUCUCUCUCUCUCUCUCUCACGAGGACGUCUCGCGCACGGAUUUUCGCGUAUCGAUGGAAAAUACGUCGCGCAUCCCGCGUGAGUCGGUGGGAAAUUCGGCGAGAGUCCGUAUUUUCGUAGGGUUAAGGAGGAGUCGCGCGAAUUCGCGCUGGCGAAGCGGAUCUUGGCACGAGAAACGGAGGGAGAAUCGAUCGAUCGAGGACAAUUCGAACGUGAACGCGCGCGUCGAUACUCCGGCAUGCGAACGUGCAACAGAUAUGAUCCCGACACAUAAAUCUGCAAAUAUAUACAUAUACGCAUAUGUGCGAACUGAUUGAAUGUAUUACUGGCGGAACGUACCACCAGUUGAACUCAACGAACGGCCACGCGAAGCGCGCAGCACGGAGGCAGGCGAUUCUCGCAGAACGAUUUGGAUUUCAUUUAAUAAAUAGGAGUAAAGCGCGCGAGGAGACGCGUCAGGAUAUCGUCGACCGUGGUCUCAGCUCUGAAAGGAGGAAGGUGCGGCGAAAAGAGUUGCGACGUGGCAACGCGUCGAUAAGUCUCAUUUGAACUUCACGAACAAAAUCCACGCAGAUACUCCGCUGACGCGAGCGAUCAUCGCUCAAUGUGAUAAAGAGAGGUUUAACAUUUCCAGAAAUAUCAAUUAAUACGUCACACAUCGGUUCGUGGAAGUAUCGAAGCGACGGAUUUGAACCUACAAGCGACUGACGAGGAGAACGAACGUGCAAAUUCGUUUGAAAGUAUAAUCUCUUGUUUAGUAUUCUCUCUCGGUGUAAUGACAGUUUUACAUGUUUGCGGUUUCGUCUCUCUCUUUCGCGGUUUUUCUAACUGCAUAAGUAAAUAAGUAAUUGACGGUUUGAUUUUCAUGUGCCUUGACGCUGAAGUGUCCUUCGUAUAUUCACGUUGAUCGCGAUGUCACGAGACGAGGUCGGGGGAGGGGGAGGGGGGAGGCGCAGCGAAUCAAAGAGAAAAUGAUUUUUCGCGAAGUGCACGAUUUUACGACGACGCCGAUCAAUCUCCGCGACGAAUGGGACGAGGUGGACGCGCGUACGUGCGCCCACAUCGGGCCAGACGUCGCGUCCACGCACUUUGCCGCGUGUGCGGUCUAUUAUUUGUACUUUUUUAUAAACCUCGAUCUCCCAUCACAUCUGUAUAUUCGCGCCGAGACACAUUGUUUCUUCAUUCGCAUCUCUCCACCGCGGCGCGGAGAAACGUGCGCACCGUCCAAAACUUACAUCCGUUAUUAUAACAUCCACGCACCUUCGCGACCGGAGAAUACGUUACGCGAAUAAGCGCUUGUAUAUAUACAUGUAUGUAUAUAUGUACACACAUCAUAAUUUCCGCGAUCCCGCGCAGUAAAAAAUUUUCUGUUAAAUUCAACACAUUUCACAUGUCCUGAACGCUCAAAUUUUUGUGUUAAUUUGAUACGAGGCGAAUACGUUGAAGAGUAACACAGAUAUUAUGUCAGAAAUUGGCACGAAAUUAAUACGUUAAUCGACACUAAAGUAUAAAAUAUGUUAUUUUGACACUUACACACGUUGAAUAUCUACACAGCACAAAAUGUUGAAGUAACAUGAACAUAAUACGUUUAUAUAUAUAUAUAUAUAUAUACGUUAAAUUAACAAACGACGCGUUUUAUAUUAAGAGUUUAACACAAAAAUUUUAACAAGGACCGAUUUUAACACUAGUACAAAAUGUUUUUUACUGUGCGGAGGAGAUUUUCGAUUUUUGCAACAUGUGACGGUAGAUUGUCUUCCAUACGUUGCGAACGGAAGAUACUUCCGACGGCAGCAUUCGCGUGAGUGAACGUCUUUAGCCCCCUGCGCGUAUUAACGCGAUCUUUCGCGUUAUUAACGCGAUCUUUCGCGAACAGUUGAACGUAAUUAUAUUUCCGUGAGCGUAAUUGCACUCCCGAGAACGUCCAAGCUGUAGCUCUUGUUAACCGGGUGAGAGGUCCUUUUCUCGCGCCGUGUGUUUUUCUCGUUACCCCGGGGGGAAAUUAUCUUGAGUUCGCGACGUGAGUGUUUCACGGUGAUUACGGAUUGAGACACGGGCGCGAAUACCGCGCGAGUGGUUCGACGGUUAACGCAGAUCUCCGAUUCCGUUUUCAGAGCUGACGCCACGGCACAGGGGAGAGCAAUCAAACAAACAUAAUCACGUCACUGCGCGGAGGUCAGUCGAUCAGCGAUAGAUGCGUAGACGCGGUUACAGAUGAAGAAUAUCUCAGGGGUGCGAGUCUAAAGCACUAGAUAAAAAUAGAAAACUAGAAGCGACUGUUUGGGCGACGCGUCGCAGCCUAGUCAACUCAUCGACGUCGACUUCGGUCGGUAGAACGGAUAGAGUUAGGAUUCGCUUGCUCGAGAAGGUCCUUGUGAUUGUGAUCCUCGGAGUUAUCCGUAGGAGAGCGAAUGUUGCGUACGCGCGCGUUCGUUCGAUCGAGCGUUUCCACGAUUCAAUUUUUACGCAUACAAUCAACCAAUUUGAUCUUUUCCUCCCAAUCGUUUUCUAAUAUUUCGUUACUUUAUUUUCGGUUCCGUGAAAUACCUUCGAUACAUUGUGAAUAUUUAAAAAUAAUCUUCUACGACUUGCUAAUCGGUUCUAUUGGAUCAAUUAAAAAUUAAUUAUUAUCGAGUCUCGAGUCUUGGGGAAGACAACUCGAUCUUUGUUUUUCAAUCGGCGAUAAUUUUUCUGCGCAACGUAUAACUUGAAGAUAUCAUUCAAUAUUUUGCCUUAAAGUCGCAAGACAAAGCCGUCAGGUUUGAUUCGCGACUGUCGUAAAGCGAUUGCGCGUGUACGUUGACUCAACAGAAACAGCGUCGGGCAUUUCGUUGCUUGGAUCAUAACUUAUCGAAGCGUUAUCCAGUGACACGUUUAGUUACGGUGGCCGUGUGAUGUCGUGAGCAGGAACCGGUAUUGUUUUCAUUUCGUUUCGGAGGCACCGAUUUGCACCAUAGCUUGAGUAAUAAUGCACCAGCAAUAUCCGUAGAUUAGCACGGUAACCAUAUUGCGUCUUCAAUUUCCUAGGAUACUUCGUGUUGCUGUGUAUACAUGACUGCAGACCCAAUGGGCAAUGCAAUAUCAUUUCCCCUUGCCGCACAAGCAAAGUAGAAAUCUCAGCGAUUUCGCAUAACAUGUAAUAUGCGUGCAUCUACACGACAAACAUACCCCACUUAACGUCGACUUAAUAAGAAUCCACCGUAAUUUCAGUUUUAACGAUCCACCUCGGCCACGGUGACGUUCCCCGUUCGCGUCGUCGUCGCGGAGAUACGCGGGAAUCUCGAAAGCAUCACCGUCGUAUCGCAAACUCUUAGAUGAAACGAGGAAGUUCUUCUUCGCUCGACUCGCCAGAUUGGUAAAAAAAAAAA